AUGCCCUCGUCUGCUCCAACCAUAGCAGUAGCAGCACCGCCAGGUCCAGCUCCAACGUCAGCUCCUCCGCCACUCCCGCGUGCUGUCCUUACGCCGCCGCCGCCGAUAACUUCCAGCCCAAAGUUUAGCACAAGGGUGGGUGCAGGUUCGGGUUCAGGUUUUGAUGCGGCACAAUUUGGUACGGCGGACACAGGUGCAGACUUCAUCCCUGGGACGCAUGAGACUACGAUUCGCACACCCGUCGCACCCAACGGAGUCAGUGCCAAAGCCAGUGCCCCUGCAAGUCAGCCCGCCACAACCACCACGCCAAACUUGAACCUUCAACAACGCCAUACUGGUGCACCACCACCACCACCACCACCUACCCGCACAGCGCCUUAUUUCCACCCCCGAACCUCUUCCUUACUGCCCCCUCCAAACCCUAUAGUCACGAAUCGCCAUUCUUUUCUUGCGAGUGAUGUCUCGAAUGCAGCUCUACCUUUGACCCACUACCAUCAGGAGCUGCCGCAACAACAGCAACAACCGCAACCGAACACGACGAGGCCGCCUUACUAUCACCAUCCACGCCCACACCCACGCACACACCCACCACCACAGCAUCAACCACCACAACCAGACCCACGACAACGACAACAACACCAGCCUUGGGAUGAGAACGAAGAGCUCUUCUUCCACGACAAGUCACAUUUAAACGACGUUGUUUUAGUCCCGACCGUCAAACCAUACACCAGCCCUCCGCCCGACGACGCUGACGACUUUGACGACGACUUCGCGCCGACCUUGCUGUCCCCGUCUCCACCACCGUCGACCCUCCUCCACGCUCCUCAAAUCCGCUCCAGUUCCGCCGCAGCCAUCGAUGACGAAAACCGAGCCUUGAACCGCUGGUCCCUGUCAUCUUCCCCAUCCAUCCGCCGACAGAGCAUAGAUAGUAUCGCGCUAUACGCUCAAGUCAGCGCCCAGUACCAAUCUCUGGCCUCAGCCGCACGGCUAAACGGCUCACCUUCGAGGAAGCUUCAAAAAAAGACCAAACCCGCCACAUCCCCCGGGCCCAGCCGCGUUCGUCGCUCGUCCCCCACCCCGGUCUCGAGCCCGAUCCCGCCGCUCGCCAGUCUCCCGCCCAUAGUCUCACUGCCGUCCCUCGAGGCAGAGGUGUCCACGCCGCGAGCGUCGUCAGCUGCCGAUGCAUAUCCGCCCAGGCGUGACAGCCUGCUGAUUAAGCCUUAUGAAAAUUCCGAUUCGCGCUUUACAUCGACCAGUGCCAAUAACAUCAAGAACGCGGACGAACCCGCUUCGAAUGGGAGGAGGACCAGCGGCGUCGAGAUGAUGUACGUUGAGAGGAACGGGGGCGGUAUGCCGCAGCAGCCGCAGCAGUCACCGCCUCACCAGAAGGGACACUCAAGGAGUCAUUCACACACAAAUGGAAGCAGUGACACCUUGACAUCGCGCGGCAGCAAAGACCGGUCGAGUAAACAGCCCUCACAAAAGGCCAUGCUUUCUCAAGCCUUGGAGAAGGCCAACGCAGCGGUACAGCUCGAUAAUUCCAGGAACUUUGUGGCUGCAAGAUUGGCCUACUCAGAGGCCUGUGAUCUACUGCAUCAGGUUCUUAUGAGGACGAAUGGCGAGGAUGAUAGAAAGAAACUGGAGGCUAUAAGUAAAACGUACACGACACGUAUAGAAGAACUCGACGAUAUUCUUCCUAGAGAGAAAGCAACUCCGCCCCGACGACCAAGCCGAAGUCAGAACGAGGGUCUGUUUGGGGUCCCUAAUGAUACAGAUGACGAGUCGGCCAUGAUGUCCACGGCAUCAUCGGGCUAUUCGAAAACUUCAUCCCAUCGAAGAGAGCCUAGCGGUUCCAGGCCAUCCAACAACAUGCCUGUGAACCCCACCAAAUUCGGAUCCUUCUCCAGCAGCCAAUUCUCACCCCAAUCGGCUUACCAACCUCCGCAAAGGCAGUUAUCGAAUGCUAGCGACCUAGGUCUUAUGCCGCCCCCAUUGUCUCCUCGUCGACCGCCGUCACCCGGAAGGCAAGCAGGAAUGGCUACUCCAGACGCCCCGUUCAGAGCCGAUUUUUCCAUGGCAGCCAAUCGGCUUGCCCCGCCACCGCAAUCGGAUGACAACCCAUACGCUAGAGGACACAACCGAGCGGGAAGUCACGAGUCCGUAUCAUGGUUGGACCCGAUCGAUGAGUCGGGAGGGUCCAACGCUCCGUCUUCGAAUCACUCCAGGGCAUCUUCGAUGGGCGUACUGAGAAGACAUCUCCGGGCCCGUAGUGGAGGAACAGAAGCCGAGUUUGACGCGGCGCUGGACGAUGCCAUCGAGGCCGCAUAUGACGAUGGCUACGACGUUGUUGAAGAGAAGAAACCCCACGAUGAAGGAGAAGACGUAGUUGCUCGGGCACUUAGGAGAGUUGAACUGGCAAAGGAACGCGUCAGAGAAUCAGAGAGAGAAGCGUUACAACUGGCGAAUGAUAGGGAAAGGAGGCUCCGAGAGCAGCUGCAGGCAGAAGACGAUGAAGAACCGAGCGAUUUUCUUGAUGCCAAUGACUCUGACGAGGAGGAACGCAUCCUAGAGGAGAUGACGAAAGGAUAUGUCAUCGAGGACUUCUCUUUCGGUCCCGGGAGUAGGACACGACCCAACAUACCGCGGGCUUCAGAUUCUAGCGAAGGCACGAGCCGGACAUGGCACACUUCUACGGGAUCGAACCCUCAAACUGCCUCGACGACACUUACUACGGUUAGCGAGGGUGCUCGCCUCUCCAACGGUGACCGGUCAAAAGCUUCGCAAGCCCCAUUGCCGCCGCCGACGCAGGCGCUUCCUCAACUUCCUCUACAGAGGCCUGGUUCAUCAGGUAGCCGCCUGAGCGAGGCCAAGGCCAACGACAGCGUACGUAACCGCCGACUGUCGGGCCAGAACCCGAAGCAACUCAAAAUAGAGACUUCAAGAAAUCCUUCUGUGUCCGGUCCCAAUACCGGUGGGACAAUGUACCUUGCCGAGACGCCGCCCAUAACACAAGCUCCACCCCUCCCUAAGACGGCGGGUUAUAUUGCGCAGCAAAGACAGGCUCUCAACGCGGGUGCUGCCAGAUACAAACAAACCCCCUCUCCAACGCCACCAGUGCCCCAAACUCAGGAGAACGACACGGCAAAACAACCUGGCCUCAGGAAGAAUUAUUCGUCGAGUAGCUUGAAGAGUAUGAACCAGCGGGGCCGGAACUUGUCGGUAGCUGGAUUGGAAGAGGCGGACAUGAGCCCUGGUACUGGUACGCCACUUAGUAACCAAUUUGGAGCUACGCAAAGACCUGCUGUGCCGAACCUGCCCACUCCCAUCGCGGCUGCGUUCAAGGAUCGGAUAACUAGCGGAGGUACAGGAGGUCUGUACCUCUUCGAUGGGGCGAUCAACGACGGCCACCUUAGCCCGGCCGACUCUCCUACUUCAGUGGUGACUACUGGAGGAAUACCAGAUGCGCCGGUGCCCCUUGAGCCCUGCCCGAAAGGGACCAUGUUGCGGCCGUUCUGGCUGAUGCGUUGCCUGUUCCAGACACUUGCACACCCGCGCGGCGGCUACUUGUCUAAUAAACUUUUUGUGCCACGCGAUGUGUGGAAGGUCAAGGGUGUCAAGCUCAAGAACGUCGAGGAUAAGAUCAGCAAUUGCGACCUGCUGACGGCUGCGCUGCAGAAGCUUGGGCGGGUCGACACUUGCGAUGCAGACGCGAUGCUCGAGGAGAUGCAAAGCCUCGAGAGCAUCUUUGAGCAGGUCCAGGCCAACCUGACACGCCGCCUCGGCAACAGCGAGGUUGGUGUCCAGUCAAUGGCAGCGUUAUUCCGUGACGGCACCAAUGGAUCCGCUGCAGGGGCCGGUGGUAACCUCGACCCAGAGUCUGCGGGCUCUGUACCCCGUUCAGCCAGCGUCUCGGGCAAGUCAAGCUUCUCGUGGCGUCGGCUGAGGUCCAAGAACUCUACACCCGGGCUCAACGCAGCGCCCGGCAGUUUUAGGAAAGAAAGUCCGGCGACUAUGAUGAUGGAUUCAGCCUUUGCAAGCAAUGGCGUUGGCAGCGGAAUCAAUGGCGUCUCCAGCCUGCCCAUGACGAGCCAGCCGACAAGCAGACCCAGCAAGCGCGACCUCAGCGCCGUUCAGUUUACUGGUCCGAACGCAGGUUACAUGGCCAGCCUGGCGAAGCUCUUUGAUGCUGCGCAGGCCAUUGAUCAAAUCGCACGCCAGGUCGAAGACCCAGGUCUGAGGCAUGCAGACAAGACUCAAGUCGGUCUGGAGCUUUGCACACGUCACGCCGCCGAGUUCUUUGCGUUCUACAUCUGUCGCUUCGUUCUGACGGACCUGACCAUCCUGCUGGACAAAUUUGUCAAGCGUGGGAGCGAGUGGGUGCUGGUAUGAAGAAGUAUUGUUUUACUUACAACAAACACCACCGUUUAUUCAUCAUUGCAUUCUUAUAUAUAUCUUGACUUUAUCGGUUUUGGUUAUAUAUGGGAUAACCUGGCUUCUCUUUGCCUAGUUGUUACAUUCCUCUUUAACCGACUCCCCCGUUAAUGUUCAUUGUCACUUAUUUCUCAAUUUCCCUCUUCGUCCCUUAUUUUUUUCUUGAUACUGGCGUUUGCUGGACCCAAGGUACUGAUUCUUGGUAGGACUGGGUUUGGUGUUUUAUUGUUUUUUUGGGGAUUUGUCCCCUCUUCAUUUGAGAAGGGGAAUGGUGGUUUUCAAAGCUUUCGGCCACCUCUUUAUGUGUUCAUAUAUAAAAAAAGAUACCACAUUCGCUAGGCCUGGUCGGUUGCUUUUUUUCCCGUUGGGUAUUUUUCUCAUGAGGGUUUCUUUUAUAUCUGACGGGGGGAUGAGAAUGAAACGAAAUCAGCGUGGAGCCGAGAAUUUUUGGAUAGUUUCUUUUUCACUUUGUCCGGAAUGAUUGAGAGAUGUGUAUGUCGAUUGGCUUGGCAUUUGUUGCCCCAAAGUCAUCUCGCGCAUUACACUCUGCUGUUUCGGCAAGCCUGAAAAAAGUCUUGAAUAGGUAUGAAAGCUAUUUGAACAACGACUUGUUGUUAAACACAUGAAUUAUGUCUUUUUUUAUUGUGGUAUUUUGUCUGGUCAAUCAAUACAUUGGGGGGUGACACCAGUCUUUAUCUUAUAUUCUUGUAUAGCACACCUACACACUAGGACAUAUCUUACAACGUC